AACCAGCGAGGAAGACAAUCGUGCUUGUUUCGAAAAAUUCAACUUCACAUUUUGUAGCUCACUUUUUUUGUUUCUGGUCGCAUUUCAUUCGAUAAUUUUCUUUAUUGUUGUAUGUCUUUAAUAGAUUUCAGUUUAAAAAAGAUUUCAAACACAAUUUAAAAAUCGAGUCCUCUUUUUUUGUAUUUCCUUGUAGAGAAUAAUGUUUUUAUGGUUAUUGUUUGUAAACCUUGCCAGUAUUUUAAGCACUCAUGAGCAACAAACGGGCUCUGGUGAGUUGCACAAUACUUUCUUUGCAAGACUCUUGUUUUUUAUAUCCGUGCUGCAAAGCCUGUCUAUCCAGAUUAAUUCUGGAAAUCAAAAGGGCUAUAUGUGGAAGAUGUGGAUUCACUUGUGACUUACAAAACGUUGACUACAGAUACAGACUGUUAUUUAAAGUGUCCAGAAACCAAGACAUAUUUGGUGUGACAGUAUUCGGGGGCUGUUUAAAUCCCUUCUUUGGCAUUACUGCUGGUGGCCUUCAAAGAUGUAUUGAUUUGGAGAGAACUGAAGGCACAUAUACUGUUCAACAACUGCUUGUCAAAGCUGUGGAAGACUGCUUUAUAGGAAGAUGUGUCAUUUUUGGAUUGAAGCUCCCUCAUAAUAUUGCCACUUCUUCGCUGUCUGGACAGUUAGUGGCCUGCCAGAUCAUUUCUCCAUGUGAGUCUUUGAUGGGAUGUACUGUAAUCGGCUAUUUUAAAAACCUCCUGCGAGCAAAUUCUCACUCUGCCAACAGUAUCUAUCCAUCACAACAGAAAGACUCACAAAGUUCUCAAAGAAAUGAACUCAGCAGUUUUGAUUAUACUCCUCCAUCGUGUGCAAAGUUGGAUUCUCAACCCAGCAAUGAAGGAUUCACACUCUCAAGCGCAUGGCAAUCACCUGGGUUAUGUUUCCCCCCGGAAGAAUUAAGUAAUGAUGUGUUACAGCAGUCCAGAGAUUGUGAUCGUAAUAUUCUUUCACCAAAGAACGAGGACACAAGAACAUGUAAAUGCACUUCCCAAAGCAACACCAGUCAUUUGAAGCAUGCUAAUCAUAUAAAGGAUGAACUGAAGAAUGAAACACAGAACCGUCACAGGAAAUCUUUUUCCUCGAACUGUGAUAUGUUUGAAUUAUCAGCACAUUUUAACAGUUUUACUGCAUGUGACACUAUAAAUCCACUUAGCACCUUGCCCUGUGGAAAUAAUACUGAAAUAACUAAAUCUGAAUGUCUUGUAAGAGCUAAAACCAGGGAAGAAUAUGAUGCACCUUUGCACGAGAAGUCAUUUUACAGUCUUGAUUUAGAGGAUGCACCUUUAUCCGAAAGCUUACAAGAUUUUGUCAGCAUGGAGCCUCCAAUAUCAGACAUAAAUGACAGAAAGGAACUCUGUUCAGGUAAAAGUGAUCAAAUGAUUCAAGUGCAAAAUAGAUGCUCUCUGACUGAAAAUUCAGCAAGCAUCUCAAAAACUAUACCAAUGACUCUUUGUAGCGAAAAAAUGUCCUCACCAAUGUGCAAUGUGAACCACAUAAGUUGGAAAGAGAAAAAUGACUAUCCAGAAAAUCUUGAAACUAAGAUAAACAGUGCUGAGAUCCAUAAGACUCCCACUCUUUUGUGCACUACCAAUUCUUCAAAAAAGAUGAUUCCUUUUAGUCCUGACAUUAAAUGUGCAUUUAAUUGCUCUACAAACAACAGGGUGUCUUUUUCAAACAAAACAGAACUUCCUUUAAAAAGAAAAAUAUUAACUAGGAGCAGACCCGCUCUGGCUUUUUGUUCAGUAAACCAUGAAAAGGGCAAAUAUUUCAGGCAUUGUGCACAAAGUGAGGUCCAUUCUGUAAAUUGCAAAGUCAGGCAGGAACGUAUUGUGUUUGAUGACCAUGAGGAGAAUUACAAUUGCUCUGUAGACUUGUUUGCUUCUGGUCAGAGCAGUAUGGACAUGAACCUUUCGGAUGUGACAGAGAUUUCUAAAGGCAAUGAACCAAGGAAUGUCAACACAUCAGAGCCUGGAGGUUCAGGUUUUCUGCUUUUUUCACCAUGUUUGCAAUCCACCCCAGUUUCUUAUUAUAACAACUCAUGUGGGCAGAAGACCAGGCGAAGCCAAAAACGUGUAGACUCACUGUGCUCCGGAAAAAUUAAAUGUGAAUUUAAAAGCAAGAUCUUAGAUCUGAGGUUAAGUGAUAAAAGACAAAAGGUGGAUCAGUUUCCGAUUGUGGGGUCUACUGAGAGUUUCUCAGGCAAGUCUGAAAUGCAGGAUGCAAGUUGUAAUUUGUCUGUAAAUGAGUGGUCCAAAGAUCUUUUUGAAAAUUCAUUUUGAAUUAAUAUUAAGUGAGAUGAAUUACAA